GUUCCUCUCAAGGAGGAAAAGUCACCCGCGACGGGUCCUGUUAAGGAUCUCCCAUCGUGAAAUUAAUCCCGACGUUCGAUUAAUCGGUCCUAAGUCAGUGCGGAUCGAGAUAAAGUAACGAGUAUCGAGUUGUCCAAUUUUCUCGGAUCAACCCCAAUGUGUUUUACUGGGGAUGAUUCAAUUUUCAAGUGCGCGAGGAGAUAAUCCGAAGGAAGUCACGGUGCUCGUCGACCGGACAGCACGAUUUAAAACGGACGUCGUAAAUUAAUUCGCGAGAGAUCGCGCUCUCGGAUUCGGCUGCGAGCUCUUUACACCGGGGCUAUCAUACCGUGACGAUUAAUUUAAUUCCGAGGUACAAAACAUCCUUAAGAGGAGGCGGAUAUCCCUGUCGGUCCUAACCGAGCGUUCCACUUUUGGUGGCCGCGCGUGAAAUCGGCGGGGCCGAGACGAAAACGAAUUCGAAAUGGUCACGGUGUGCGGCGCACGUGAGCCUCUUCUCCUGCCGCGGCAAAAGUGUAAUCGCGGAGCGAUAACCUGCGGGAUCUUCAAAAGUUUUCGCGCUUGGAUGAGCCGCGGCGAAAAAAGGAGGCUCGGCCAGAAGAACUCGGCGCUCGGAGAUCGAUCGAGCAAAACGAAUCGGAGUAAUUGAAUUAUCGAAAGCGAAGAGAGACAUUGACGAGGCCGCGGACCCCGCAGGACGACCAUACAUGGUCGUCGUCUGCCUACGAAGCCGAGGAAGGAGAGAGAUCGCGUUGUCGUGAUCGCGUGGGAGACGUUUUUCACGCGAGACGAGGCAGAGACAAAUUUGUGCGCUUGCUCCGGAACCUACGCGCGACUAUUUAAAGCUAUGGCUCGUAUGAGGAUUAUGAUACGUUGAUUGCGAGGCGAAUGGAUCUUCUGGGAACGACAUGAUCGGCGCCGCCGAUCUCUUUCUUCGACGCGUCGCGAGAACGCGUGCCGAGACGAAGGCGACCGACAGAUCAAAUAAGAUCACCGCGGAGACGAGAGGAACCUGAUUCCGGAGCAAGUUUGUGCCGCCAAGUAGCCAGCAGUUCGAAUAAUUAGCCGCAACUAGUUCGUUAGGAAACCGUGGCUAAAUCUCCGUCACGAAUCGAAUCGCCGCGAGCAAACGAGAUAGGAAACUUGCUUUCGAAAGAAUGCGAGAGGAAGGAGAGAGAAAAAGGGGGCAAAUUUCGCGGAAGGCGAAAAAAUAAAUACAAAAAUGCAAACGCGCGAGCGGACUGCGAGUCUGUUGGAGAGAAAAAAAGCGUAAAAGGUCGGGAAAAAUUGUCCACGGGAUGAAAUAAACGUCAAGAUUGCGCAGCGUUGAUCCGCAUGACGUCUAUAUUCGAGAUGCAGCCGCGGCUAGGACGCAUUAUCGAAACAAGCUUCAUUUGCAGGGAGGACUCUCGCGAAAUAAACUGCCCGCGGUUUAACGUCGCUUCGUCGUUACGCUUGUGACAAAUGUGCACGGCGAAUGAAGAUUUCCACCGCGGAUAAAAAUAAUAACAGGGAAGAAAGAAGAGAGACAGAGAGGGAGAGAGAACAUGCCGGUCGCGGGAACGAGAAAAUUAUGCAGAGUGGGACUCGCCGCGAUCUUGGUCACCGCUCUGUGCAUCCUGACUCUGUUGGACUCGCCGCCAGCGAGACUCCCGGAUCCGCCGACCGACCCUCCUCCCACGCCUGGGGGUGAACCGCCAGGCACAAGAAGCAUCGUCGCUUAUUCGUGGGCUCGAAGAUUGGCACUCGAUUACAGGCCCACCAAGCAGUGCGACGGUAAUGGAACGCGUGGAAUGGCGUUAAACGCAUACGAGCCGGGCACGAAAUGGCUCGAGACAAUUCCGGGACGGCUCUUCCUGUAUAGCGCCCACUUGGAUCUCAGAGUCGUCGGUUACCCGAGCAUCAGAGUGAUUGGCGUUAAACGAGGAGCUCUGCCGCCCUCCGCGCUCUUCUGCACUAUAUGGUAUCGGGAGCACGAUGAGACGCGAUCGGUAAGCGUGGAGGCGCUCAUCUCGACGAUCUGGUUGAACGAGUGGGACGGCAAGGCCGACAGUUACACUGGAAUCCUCGUGAACUGUCAAUUGCCGUUAGACGACUCGAUUCGCCGUCCGUCCCGGAUUUACGUGGGUCCGAAUCCCUGCUACGAGAAUGCUAGUCAUAGUUUAACAACCCGCUCGGAAUACGACGACGAGAUGACGUCCGUCGAGCGGAAAGGUCGCCGAGAGUUUACCUUAUGCAUCAAAGGGCUGGACUUUGACGAGGAUAUAUCGCGCAAGCUCAUAGCCUUCGUCGAGCUGCACCGCAUUCUAGGCGCCAAUCUCUUCUACUUCUACGUGUUCAACGUGCACGAGAAUGUCCUGAAGGUCCUGCGACUGUACGAGCGAUCAAACGUGGUGCGAUGGUUCGCGCUCGAUCUACCGGGUGAUCUACCGAACGAGAAGUCGAGCCGGAGGCGAUUCUUCAGCGAGGAUAUCUGGACGAAGAGGCGAAUGGAGUUAAUCCCGUACAAUCACUGCUUCUACGAGAACGUUCAUCUAUCGGAAUUCGUGGUGCCGAUCGAUAUCGACGAGGCGAUCGUGCCUACGCGCCGAAAAACGUGGCACGAACUGUUGCUGGAUGAGCGCGCAAAGCUCGGUAGAAGCUUCAAGGAUUUCGCCUCGUAUUCCGUACGAAAUGUGUACUUUUUCCCCGAGCUGCAAAACAAAAGCCGGAUCGAUCGGUCGACGGGACUCGACGAGGAAUCCCGUCGCUCGGUCGAGCAGCAUCCGGAUUAUUUAGAUACCAUGAGAACGGCCAAUAUCUCGCCCGAAGGUGACUCGGUAAAGAGCUUCGUGUCUACGAGGCGUGCGUUAACGGUGCACAAUCACUAUGCUCUGGCCACGCUGAACCCGUCCACCAGGCGGGCUCAUCAUCUGGAUUCAAACGACGUGCUCAAGCAUCAUCACCGAGCGUGCGACAGCCGACAUCUCGACUGCGAUCUUUUAAUGGAAGACAUCAGGAUCGACGAGUCCGCUCUACGCUACGCGGAUGAGCUUAGGACGAGGAUGAGAAUCACUUUGGCUGAUCUCGACGCUUUGCCAUAGAAUGUAGCACAAUAUUGUAAAUAAUAAAGCUCUCUUCUCGAAA